AUGUGUAACCCAAACAUUACUACCACCAUCAUCACCACCACCACCACCGCCGAGUCUGUGAUUGAAAAACCAGCACAACCAACCAAAACCCAACUGUAUUGGGCUAUCGUAUCUCUGCGCAACACCCUGAAAGAAGCAAAACCAAAAAACCCAGAAAAGAAAACACAGUCAUUCACAUACCCAACAAUCCCAGAUAUAAUUGAAGAAACGAAAUCCCUCCUCAGGCUCUCCUUCCCCAUCGUUCUCACUGCUCUCCUCGUCUACUCACGUUCUAUCAUUUCCAUGCUCUUUCUGGGCCAUCUGGGCGACAUGGAGCUAGCUGCGGGCUCUCUAGCAAUCGCCUUCGCUAACAUCACUGGUUACUCUGUCCUCUCUGGCCUCGCCUUAGGCAUGGAACCUCUCUGUUCGCAAGCCUUCGGUGCCCAACGCCCAAAGCUCCUUUCUCUUACCCUCCACCGCUCUGUGAUCUUCCUUCUAUUCUCUUCGAUACCCCUCUCUCUCCUCUGGCUUAACAUGUCCAAGAUUCUCCUCUGCUUACGCCAAGACCCCAACAUCACACGUAUUGCUCACACAUACCUCCUUUGCUCUCUCCCGGACCUCCUCACUAACUCCUUCGUUCACCCAAUCCGCAUUUAUCUUCGAGCCCAAGGAAUCACCCACCCGCUCACGUUAGCAUCAUGCGCCAGCGCUAUCCUUCACGUACCCGCUAACCUUCUCCUCGUCUCCCACCUCCGACUCGGCGUCGCCGGUGUUGCCGCGGCUUCCGCCGCCUCCAACUUCUUCGCGCUGUUGUUCCUCGUCUCCUACGUGUGGGCUGCUGGGUUGCACGUGCCAACGUGGGAGACUCCAAGCCGGGAGUGCUUGACUGGAUGGGAGCCAUUACUCCGUCUGGCCGCGCCGAGCUGCGUAUCCGUGUGCUUAGAGUGGUGGUGGUACGAGAUCAUGAUCGUGUUGUGCGGUCUUCUCACGAACCCGGAAGCGACGGUGGCUUCUAUGGGGGUUCUCAUCCAGACAACGGCACUGCUUUACGUGUUCCCAUCCUCAUUAGGCUUUGCCGUGUCGACACGUGUAGGGAACGAGCUGGGUGCCAACCGUCCAGGGAAGGCGAGGGCAUCAGCGGUGGUUGCCGUGUUAUUGGCGGCAAUGAUGGGGUUGUCAGCUAUGGUGUUUGCGUCUGGGAUGAGGGAUAGGUGGGGCCGGAUGUUUACUACGGAUGCCGAGAUCCUACGGCUCACGUCUGCUGCGCUGCCGAUCCUAGGGUUAUGCGAGCUUGGGAACUGUCCACAGACGGUAGGGUGUGGGGUACUAAGAGGGAGUGCUCGACCCAGCACGGCGGCUAACAUCAACCUCGGCGCAUUUUAUUUGGUUGGAAUGCCCGUGGCAGUUGGGCUUGGGCUUUGGCUUGGGGUUGGGUUUUGUGGGCUUUGGUUCGCUUUGCUUUCGGCUCAGGUUUGCUGUGCUGGGCUCAUGUUGUACAUUGUGGGGACCACCGAUUGGGAUGCUCAAGCACGACGAGCUCAGUUACUAACCUGCGGAGAAGGAUCCGUUGAAACUGAACUACGAGGCAGCGAAGACGAGCCCUUGAUCUCAAUCAAAAUCGCUCCAAUCUGAAAAUUAUUUCUCUUCUUAAAAAAAAAUUUAAAAAUUUUUAAAAAUCAUAUAUAAGAGGGUCAAGCAUGUGUAAUUACAUGUUUUUCUAUCUCCUUUUUU